CUCUGUUCUUUCCCCCUACGAUGAAACCGUAUCCACAACGGCUAUAUCCUCAUCAGCCCAUUGUUUGUCACCAAUCCGCAGCAAUCAAGAGCACGCCUUAUCAAGUUAGUUACCUUGAUUAGAUAGUAACACCUGCACAAAUCCAAGUACCUUUACCCCGCCAUUAGCUAGAUCACAUACCCCUGCUGUUUGCCUGCGCCCCCCCCCGACGUGCCCCGCCAACCCACCGCUCCUUCCUGACCUAUCGUAUUGAAGGGGAUUCGUGAAAUCACAUCCACCUGCCGCUUUCCUGCAGUCCGCCAGCCCAGCCAAGCCGUGACGGACGUAACGAUUCGCAAUUUGUUGGGAGGUUCUCCUUUUGGAAAAAACAACAUGCCAUUCGACCCUUCCUACCACGCAGAUUCAGUACGCAGAGUCAAAAGCAUAGCCAGACAGAUGUCGCCUCCAGCAGCAACCAGCUUCACGGCCGAGCUCGUGCCCCAGGCCCCUGAGGAUGCUCUCUUCGGCUUGGCAAGAGCUUACAGAGCGGAUGAGGAUCCGAACAAGGUCGAUCUGGGCAUUGGAGCGUACCGCGACGAUAGCGCGAAGCCUUGGGUAUUGCCCGUGGUCAAGAAGGCAGACGAGAUCCUCCGCAACGACCCCGAGCUCAAUCACGAAUAUGCGCCCAUUGCCGGCAUCGCGUCUUUCACUAGCAAGGCCGCUGAGCUGAUUCUCGGCGGUCCUGACUCGCCUGCCAUCAAGGAGAAGCGAGUUACAUCGAUGCAGACUAUCUCCGGCACAGGAGCUGUACACCUGGGGGCCCUUUUCCUGGCCAAAUUCUUUCCCGGCACCAAGAAGGUCUAUCUCUCGAAUCCGACCUGGGCCAACCACAACCAGAUCUUCAGCAAUGUCAGCCUGCCCAUUGCUCAAUAUCCCUACUUCUCCAAGGAGACCAAGGGCCUGGACUUCGAGGGCAUGAAGGCCGCCAUUCACGGGGCCCCCGACCGCUCUAUCAUUCUCCUCCACGCCUGCGCGCACAACCCAACCGGUGUCGAUCCCACAUUGGAGCAAUGGAAGGAGAUCGCCGCUGCCAUGCGCGCCAAGGAUCACUUUCCCUUCUUCGACUGCGCAUACCAGGGCUUCGCAUCCGGUGACCUAAUGAAGGAUAACGCAGCGGUGCGAUACUUCGUCGAGCAGGGCUUCGAGCUAGUCAUCGCUCAAAGCUUCGCCAAAAACUUCGGCCUCUAUGGUGAGCGAGCCGGCUGCUUCCACGUGGUCACCGGCCCUGCGCCUGAUGCCCAGGCGACAAUCUCCCGCAUCGCGUCUCAACUUGCCAUUCUCCAGCGGUCAGAGAUCUCAAACCCCCCGCUGUACGGUGCCCGUAUUGCAAGCACCGUGCUCAAUGACCCCAAGCUGUUCGCCGAGUGGGAGGAGAACCUGCGCACCAUGUCAGGCCGCAUCAUCAGCAUGCGCACGGCGCUGCGGUCGAAGCUGGAGGAGCUGGGCACCCCGGGAUCCUGGAACCACAUCACGGAUCAGAUCGGUAUGUUCAGCUUUACGGGCUUAACCGAAGCGCAGGUGAUGAAGCUGCGUGAGGAUGCGCACGUUUACAUGACGAAGAAUGGGCGCAUCAGCAUGGCUGGACUUAAUACCCGGAAUGUCGAGUACUUUGCCAAGGCGGUUGAUAAGGUUGUUCGGGAGGCGCAAGGCGUUUAAUUAUCUCUGUACACCAGGAUUUCAACAUGGGAUAGUAGCUGGCUGACGCAACAGAGAAGCUUAGACUGGCUGGAUUAAACAUUUUCUCUCGUAGUCACGAGGGUCAAAUCAUGCUGCACAUGUAAUUAGAUGAAUGGAAAACGAGACGAUUGUGUGAAUCGAGACUGCAUCUUGGAG